AUGAACCAAUUCAAAGAUCCAAAAACAGAGGAAUUGCUUCGACAUAUACAAGAUGAGAUGAAAAAAUCAUUACAGAAUGUACAAAGUCCUGAACUAGUGUUUGAAAUUUUUGAUAUGGAUAUGCAAGAUAUUGAAACACAAGACAUUGAAACAAAGAAAAUCUGGAAUAAUAUUCUGGAUGAGACUAGUGUUUUAUUAGCAAUUAUGUCAUAUCUAUCUCCAAAGGAUCUUUUUAAUUUCAUUCAUUUGGAACUUGAAAAUGAUCAAAACUUUUCAUCAGAUUUAUUUUCAGCAAUUUAUUCAGUAGAUAUUGAACAGCUCCAAGAAAGGUAUAUAGAUUUCGAGAUACCGGCUCAUUCUGCCAUAUUUUACAUAGUAUUUUUCUUUCAAAAUGAUGUAACUAUUACUUAUAAAGAAUAUACUAAAAUUUCAAGCCAUUUGAGAUAA